AUGACCCAGCAGUGCGUACAAGUCCGAUGCCAGAGCUGUGGCUUCGUCCAACCAAAGAACGCGACUUGGCAGGCAGACCCUCUGAGCCAAUGCAAGGACUUUCCCUCCACCACUGAAGGAGAAGUACUUGAUCAGCAAUAUCAGAAUGCAGCCAUCUGGACUGGUGCAAGACCGAGCCCCGAUCUUCUGGUCAAUCGUUGUGGUUCGAAUGGUGCACUUAUUGGAAUGGCGCCAAGUGGUUCUAGUCCGCGGCCUUCCCUACCUGGAACACCACAGCUUGCGGAAGCGCCCUCGUUGGCUCAACAUCUGCUGGCUCAGGCUGAAGAUUUACUGGCGAACAGUACUCAACAUACCUUCUUGUAUAUCUCACGGUCGCUUGUCUCAUUCACUAGAGCACUGAUAGGCAAGAUCCGCAUACCCGAAAUCAACGACUUAGAACGCGACUCAAUGUUCCGAUGUCUAGACUUGUUGUGCUCUGCGGUAAAUAAUAUGAAGAAGGAGUUAGAGUUUCUUAAAGCCACCAAGCGCAAGUACGGACUUGACGUCAGCAUUGAUGAACCGAAACCGCCCACUAAAGGCUUCGUCGAUCUGUUCCACAGUGCAUCAUGUCCGUCUGCAACAUUACUCGAGGGCAUGGUGAUGCUAUGGGCUACUGAAAUUGUAAUGCCAAUAUCGCCACCACGAAACCCGUACCCCCUCACAUCCUCGUUGCCACCAGAAGCACCUGCAGACCCAAACAGCGUCCAGCUAAAAACAAAAGACGGCCACACUACCGCCCUCCGCGAGGCAUUCAUCGAAAACUGGAAAUCAGAAAUCUUUGGCCGCUUCAUAGGCGCCUGCAGAUCCAUCGUCGACGAGCUCGCCAUGGUCCAGCCGCCAGGCAACGGCUGGGAUGACAUGUCAGCCUGCGAACGCAUCUUUAAGCAAGCCGUCUGGCUGUGGGGUCAGAUGUUCUCUGAGGUAAUGGGCAUGGAAGAGCAAGAAGAGUUGGAUGACUGGUAG